AUGGACCCUGAGCUGUCUGCUGUCCGCAUCUCCGUCCGAGAAGCCAUUCACACCCUGUCCUCUUCUGAGGAUGGGGUUCACAUCCUGUCCACCCUGGGUGCCCUGAAGCGGUAUCUGGGUGAGGCGGGCGACCCAGCCCUUGGCAGAGAGAAAGAAGAGUUUGCCGCUAUACACUUCUCGGCUUUCCUCAGAUGUCUGUUCAGCAAGCUGAGCCCCAGCUGGUUGGAGCUGACCCCAGAUGGCCAGCUGGAGCAGAUCUGGGGAAGCUUCUUCCUGGAGGGCCCUGCUGACCAGGCCUUCCUGGUGAUCAUGGAGGCCAUCGAGGGCACUGCCGGCCCCAGCUUCCGUCUGAUGAAGAUGGCGCAGCUGCUGGCGAGGUUCCUCAGCGAGGGCAGGGUGGCAGCUCUGAUAGAAGAGCAGUGUCGGCCACGGACGAAGCCCAGCUUCCCGCUCCUUCAGGAGACCCUGCUCAACAGGGUGGUGGGCCUGCCUGACCUCCUGGGCAACCGCCUGCAGCGGGACAACCUGGCACCGUUCUUCCCCCAGAGCUACUUCCCUCUGCUGGGGGAGGAGGCGGCGCGGGCCCUGCGGGCUGUCGUGGACACCCUCCGAG